AUGAUUGAGGCGAUAUACAUAUCAGACAAUUCAAACACAUUGGUAUUUGAAUAUCUCUUGAAGCUAUCUUCGCCCUCUUUCAAGUCAUUGAUUAACAUAGUUCAGUCCAAGCUCAAUGAAAUCGAAGGUGAGCAAGAGAAGAUCCCAUUGAUUCGAAUAAAUAAUGACUAUUACACCUGUUUCGAAAAGACCAGGAACCUCACCAUAUACGUUCUUGUUUCCUCUGUCAAUAUCAAGGUAAAUCCCUUGAUUCCCUAUGUGUUUAUUAAGCACUUGCUUGAGGUGAUGGAAGAUUACUUUGGAGCUCCGCUCGCAGUUACCAAGAUCGAGGCACACAAUGAUACAUUGAAUUUGAUUGCAAACGAGUUGAUCCAGGAGGGUAUCCCCAAUGUUACAGAUUCCAACAGACUCAGAGACAUUAUACCAUUGAAGAGCUUGCUCCUGAGGAUAUUAAGUACCACCAACGAAUUUGCCGAGAGGGCCAUACAGUCUACGAAUGGAGGGCAGUCCUCUUCGCCGAGCCUAGGAUCAGGUGGGUCCGGAAUGGGCUCCGGAAUGGGCUCACUCCACAAAUACAAAGGCACAUCAUCGACCACCGACACGCCCUGGAGAAGAACAAACGUGAAAUACACGAACAAUGAGAUGUUCGUGGAUAUUGUAGAAACCAUCAAUGUGAUUCUCAAGCCAACCAAAUUGAAAAACCAGAAAGCUGCCACGCUAAGUUCAUCAGCUACUGGAGGGUUUGACUCAGCAUACUAUAACGGAGGACACCAUCCCUCUGGUGCUUUGUCCACUUCUUCGACUAAGUUGUUGCCCGUGGCUGGUACCAUUGACGGAGAAAUCAAUUUCACAUCGCAUUUGACCGGAGUGCCUGAAUUGCAAUUGGUGUUGAACGUCCCGUCCAGUAUUGAUUUGCAGGUGCCGUCGUUCCACCCGUGUAUCAAGAUAGAAAAGUGGAUAAAUAGCGGGGUCUUAUCGUUUGUCCCUGCAGACGGAAAGUCAACUAUAAUGCAAUACCAGGUGGAUGUCGGUGCCGUGAAGAAGACUAGCUACCUGGACGUUUUGGGGCUAGUGGACGUUGAUUUCCAGACAGGACUCGGGCUUAAUGAAAACGAAUUUGAAAUAAGAUUGUUUAUAAAGCAGCAACAGAAGGCAGUUACCAAGAUUGAAGAUCUUGUCAUCAAGAUAUUCACCACUAAUGUGCAGAAGAGCGAGGGGGAAAUAAGCGUAAGGUCUACCAGAUGCACCCACGGGGAAUUCUCACACAAGGGAAAUGGAAAUUCGGAAUGGAACGUUCGUACCGUGUCCACGGGGACCCAGCCAAUCUUGAGAGGAGUAAUCACCAGCGAUGAAAAUGAAGAUGAUGUGGAUAGCUUUGGAGAACAGAAGAAAGAAGUGCAGACAGAUGUGAAGGGUUUGGGCAAGACCUUCAGUCCGAGCUACUUGAAGCUUCUGUAUUCUAAUAAAGGCCAUAUACCUAGUGGUAUCAAGGUAGAUUCACUCAAAAUUAUCAGCACAAGAGGGCUAGGCGACACGGUUAAACCGUACAAGGGAGUGAAGUAUAUCACAAAGACUGGGGAGUACGUGAUCAGAGCGUAG